GGGGUUCCGGAGCUCGCUUGCAGACUGCUUGCGGUAGGUACGUGUCAUGUUCAUGUCGCUUUUAGCGUUCGUCGCCGUCGCCGUCGCCGAUACGUGAGUCUCAAUAUCGUGUAGGACUCAGAAGAACCGUUGUAUCCGCAGUCCCCAUUGGACGUGAAGUGAACGUCACGGACGGCACGGCCUCCUGUAGAUCUUGAUGAAGUCGCGAUCGCCUCAGGAUUCGUUAUCAAGAACCAGUCUAUCGGUGACGCGCUCGAGUGCGUUGACUUUGAAUGAGAAGUUCAUGGCGAUCUCAACGGUGAUGGAAUCAUGGUAGAGGUGUAGAUGGGAUUUUCGGUGUCGCCUCUGGACUUAUGCUUGGUACACUCUACCUCGGUCUGUUUACGCGGAGGUUUCGAUGGUGAUGAACAAUGCAUACAAGAAGACUCGUCUUGGAGCAGAUCCAGGGCGCACGGCCGUGCGCGCCGGCGAACCGCGACAGCAGUAAGAAUGUGUGUGCAUCUAGGAUUGCGGAGGCUGGAGCUGGUUAUCUCGUGCUGCGGACAGAUGGAGUGUUGACGUUUAGUUGCAUUGGUCUGUCUCUGAUCACUUCAGGGGUCACAUAUAUACUUCCGUCAUGACAA